UGAUUUUCCGUUUGUCCACAUUUUUGUGUUGACUACUUUUUUAAAUCGGGAGAAUAUUUCACAUAAUUUUGUGAUUUUUAACACAAUAUCCAAAUUAAAAUAAACAUAAAAUGGAGGAAGAACAAAUUGCAGUAUUCGGUAUAAUUGAUCCACUCAGCACCCGAAACAACACUUCCAUAACCGGCAAAUUUGUAAAUGGGAGCAAAAUUUCACUCACAGCUUACAAGCAUAUUACAAGUACAACGCAAGAUCGACCAACAGAAUAUGCCAACAAAGAUGAAGUAAACAUCUUUCAUCUACAACCGGAGUUCCUUUUCGAUGAACCAAUUUUAAGAAGCCUUCUCGCUGAGGCAAAUAAUACGUUUGUUACUCUUCAAGAUCUAAAAAAGACAGGAAAUAAAAGUGGGUAUUUGAAAAUUUCACGAACAUAUCGCAGUAUUAUACGUGCUUGUCUGGAGAAACUGCAAGAAGUUGACUCUUCCCAAUUGGAACAAAGCGAAGAGAGUUCAAAAUAUCAAAACUAUAUAACGAUAUUCUACUCCAUCGAAUGUGUAUGGCAUCUAUGUGAGAUAUUUUUCAUCAAUCCGUCACCAUCGAAUGUAGUGGUACCACAGCUACUGGAUUGGAUUAGAUUUCAUUUUCCCGCCGUUGAGAGAAUGGCUACAGAUCUUCUUUUGUUAGGAAGAGACGCUGGCGAUGACGAAGAUUAUUGGCCGACAGUCAAGGGGUUAAUUUUGCAAGGACAGGUCGAUGUUGCGAGAGCUAUUCUACAGCUGCAUCCUCUGUCAGAAAAUAGCGCUUUCAAAAUGACUGAACAGAUCUUGAGAACGAUGCCUUCUGCUAGUCUCUAUGGAGGAUUCUCUAUACAAAAGUUCCGUGCCCAAUGGCAAUAUUGGCAAGUAGACACAGAAAGGAAGCUUGCAGCGGAUAUAGUGUCUAUUGAACCUAAUCUAGAGGUCAUCAUUAAAUUAGUCACUGGCGAUACAAAAACAUGGAACGAACAAAUUAAAGAAUCAAACUAUUGGUAUGAAUUUUUACCUGGAUAUCUUUUUUAUACAGAACCAGCUUGUAAACACUUCGAGUUGGCUACAUUAGCUAAUUCAUGGCUUAAUCGAUGGAUAACUAACAAAGGAAAGUCGUAUAGUGGUUCUUUGAAGUAUUUGGACAAGGUUAUUUUAAAUUUGAUGGAAAACGAUCUCUAUAAAGUUAUUCAUGCGAUCCAAUUAAUGUGUGAUAACCAAUGGUUUGUUACACAUUUAACCGAUUUGUUGUAUCAUUGUGAGAAACUUCAGACAAUUGGUGACCAAAAAUCUGGUGAUUGUUUAAAACUGAGAGAUUCUCUAUUGUUUGAGUUUGGUUCAAGCCUAAUGUCUAGAAGCCCACUUUGGCAACUCGGAUUAGAUUAUUUGGAACACUGCUCGUAUGAAGGUCGAAACGCAAUGGAAAUUUUGUUAACUAAAAUUCCUAUCCGCACUGAAAAACAGGCUUUAAAAAUAAUUGGUAUAUGUCGUCAGAAAGGACUUCAUUUAGCUGAAAAGGAAAUCUGUAAGGUUCAGUCAAAAAAAUCGUUCGACGAUGGAAGAUACGGCAAUGCUUUAGAGUGGGCUAUUCGAGCAAAAGAUGCCAUUUUUGUAACAUCUAUUGCCGAUUUCUUUUUAAAUCACUACUCUAAACAUGGUGACAUGAUCUGUCCAGAUGUAAUCGCUAACAUUGGAGCUAAAAUGUUCAUUUCCCCACGAUUGGUUUUCCUGGUAAAAUAUUUUGAUUUUUAUCAAUUUUAUCGACGCAAGGAUUUUUUACCUGCUGCUGAAUUGCUUGUUAAUCUGUUGGACUCAAAAAUAACACCGGAAUAUUUCUGGCCGUCAUUGCUUAUUGAUACAAUUCCUUUGCUAGAAUCAAAAGAUCCUAAAAUUCUAGCAAAAGAAACCUGUGCGAUUCUUAAUCACUUAGAAUCCCAAUUGGUUCCUUUGAUUGAGAAAAAGAAGAAAAUUAUAGAAAAGAAUCCCAACGCGACAAUUGACAUUUUAAAGGAUUAUCGUAUCGAAAAUAUUGAAGAGAUAAUAAAUUUACUGCGGCUAGCUUGUGCAAGAAAUUUAAGCAGAGCAAUUAUUAUUGAAAAUACUGUUAUAGCUUAGUUUACUAUUAUUAUUUUUUAUUUUUAUUUAAAAACAAUUUUUAUAAAGAUUUGUAAACUUAUACAUUUGAAAAAAAAACAUUAUUAAUAAAUCGGUUAUUAUGAGACCCUUUGAA